GCUUCAUUUUACGUUUUAACUCCUCGCCUAACAUGCUUGUGCUCCACACAUAACAGCAACAUGUAAUGGGCUAUGGCAACACUGUCUGUGUCUUCUUCUUUCUCUCCGGCAGAAAUCACGAUGUCGACUGGAACGCUUUACACUUAUCCCGAGAACUUCCGCGCGUACAAAGCCCUCAUUGCGGCCCAGUACUCUGGCGCUAAGGUGAAAGUGGCCGAUAACUUCAAGUUUGGCGAGUCCAACAAAUCGGAGGAAUUCCUAAAGAAGUUCCCAGGCGGCAAGGUGCCAGCUUAUGAGACCGCUGAUGGCAAAUGCCUGACCGAGUCGAAUGCCAUUGCCUACUUUUUGGCCAAUGAGCAGCUGCGUGGCGGCAAGUGUCCGCUGGUGCAGGCUCAGGUGCAGCAAUGGAUCUCAUUCGCUGACAAUGAAAUCUUGCCUGCGUCCUGCGCAUGGGUGUUCCCACUGCUCGGCAUAAUGCCGCAGCAGAAGAAUGCGAAUGUGAAACAGGACGUUGAGGUUGUGCUGCAGCAGCUGAACAAGAAGCUGUUGGAUGCCACUUACCUCGCCGGUGAACGCAUCACGUUGGCCGACAUUGUUGUCUUCUGCACCCUGCUCCAUUUGUAUGAGCAUGUGCUGGAUUCAAGUGUGCGCAGUGCGUACGGCAAUUUGAACCGUUGGUUCGUCACCAUCCUCAAUCAGCCGCAGGUGAAGGCUGUUAUCAAGGACUUUAAGCUGUGCGAAAAGGCGCUCGUCUUUGACCCCAAGAAGUACGCUGAAUUCCUGGCCAAGACUGGCGGUGCCAAGCCCCAGCAGGCGCCCAAGUCCAAGGAUGAGAAAAAGGCCAAGAAGGAACCGGCACCCAAGAAGGCUGCACCCGAACCUGAGGAGCUCGAUGCUGCCGAUGCCGCUUUGGCUAUGGAGCCCAAGUCCAAGGAUCCGUUUGAUGCCAUGCCCAAGGGCACGUUCAAUUUUGAUGACUUCAAGCGUGUCUAUUCCAAUGAGGAAGAGGCCAAGUCCAUUCCCUAUUUCUUUGAGAAAUUCGAUGCUGAGAACUAUUCGAUCUGGUUUGGCGAAUACAAAUACAACGAAGAACUGACCAAGACUUUUAUGUCCUGCAAUCUGAUCGGUGGCAUGUUCCAGCGUCUCGAUAAGAUGCGCAAACAGGCAUUCGCCUCCGUCUGCCUGUUUGGUGAGGAUAACAACAGCAGCAUUUCCGGUGUGUGGGUGUGGCGUGGACAUGAUCUGGCGUUCACUCUGUCGCCCGACUGGCAGAUCGAUUACGAGGUCUACGACUGGAAGAAACUGGAUGCCAAGAGCGAGGAGACUAAGAAGCUUGUCACUCAGUACUUCUCCUGGCUCGGCACCGAUAAGGCUGGCCGAAAGUUCAAGGAGGGCAAGAUUUUCAAAUAGAGAGAACCCGAGAAAAAAUGUAGCAGCAACAAUCAGCACCAGAACAUUUUCUGAGAUUCGGAAUGCAGCAAGUGCUACAAAAGCAGCAACACGAGGAUGCCUAUUUCUAAGUUCCAACUGAUAAAUGUUUAAGCGUCGUGCUGUGUGAACAUUAUUUAAAAAAAAAAUUAAGAAAAUACAAUUACAUAUUAUGUCCUGGCUUUUGCUCAGCAAAACCAAAACAAAA